GGGAGGUGGAGGGGGCGGUACGGCGGCAGCGGGCAGCGGAGCGGAGGCAGCCCGGGCGGCGGCCAGGAGCGCAUCUGACGAAGACGACGAUGACGAGCUAGCCCGGGAGCUGGCCGCCUCCGUCAGCGGCCCCCGCAGCGCCGCCGACCCCAUCGGCCUCUUGGUUCAGCUGACCUCACUGCGGAGCAAGAGCCGCUCCUCGUACGUGCACGUCAAGAUGCCGGCGCUGCUGCUGCUGAGGAGAUUCGCGGGGGAGAGGGUGUUUAGGGUCCGGCUGGUGACGGAGGGUGCGGGCACGGCCCUGGCAGCGGUGGCCAGCAACCCCAUCUACGACGGCAUGACCCGAGCGGCGGCAGCGGCUCUGUGGAUGGAGGUCAGCCAGACCCCUGAGGGUCGCGACCCGCGCUGGUGGAGUGCCAUGGCGGAGGGGGAGGGCGCGAUGGGGCAGUCCUCCUCCAAAGGCCGCCUCUCUUCCUCUGCCGCGGCCGCCGCCCGCGCCCUCAGUCUGGGCCUGGCCUCGGAUAGCUGUGGCGGGGAGCCAGCACGCCUGCGUGCACUGAGUCGCAUGAUCGGGGCCAUGCUGGGCAGCAGUGAGGCAGAGCAACUGCUAGUGGGGGCCAGGGCGGCAGCAGCCCUGCUAUGUGAGGGAGACGAGGCCAAGUCCAUCUUCCUGGCCGCCGGGGGGCUAGCGGCGCUGCUGGCGGUUGCGGCUAGGCCGCUGGUGCAGCCGGGGGUGCUGGCGGCCGUUUGUACGGCACUGCUCAACCUCUCCAGCUACGUACCCGCGCAGGUUGAUCUCUGUCAGCGCUGCGCCCGCCUGCUUCUCCACAUCAACUCCCGUUUCACCGGCUAUCACGGCUACCUCAUCGCUCAGCGGGGGCUGCUGGCGGCGGGGGAGGCGCGGCACAUGGCGGAGCAGCGGGCGGGGGCGGCGGACGGCGCGAUGGCGCGCAGACAGCGCAGCCGCAGCCAGAGCCGGAGUCGGAGUCGGAGUAGGAGUCGCAGCAGGGGG